CCGCCGCCGCCCGCGCCCCGCGCCCCGUCCCCGCGCGCCCGGGCCCCUGGCGUCCCCCUGAGCCCCCUCCCGAGCCCGCGCGCGCCGUCCGCGCCGCCCGCGUCGGAAGGAGAUGAGCGGGGGCCCCGGGGCGCGCCCCCCCGCCCCGCGCAGCCGCGCCCAGCCUUAGGAGGGGCCCGAGCAGCCCCUCCCGGGCCUCAGCCGGGACACCCUCGCGCCUCAGUCCCUGCCUAGCGAGACCUCCGAGCCCAGCCGUCCCGAAGGGCCCGGGCCCCUCCUUCGCGCGCCCCUCAUGGCCAAGCCCGCGCUGCUAGUUCUCUGCCUUGCUCUAGGUGUGGCCCCGGCCUGGGGGUCCAGCGUCGCCCCCUCUGGGACGAGCGAACCCCCCGCCGGGCAGACGGUGGCACCCACGGUGGACGACACCCUGCAAAACGAGGCGGACAACCAGGAGAACGUUCUGUCUCAGUUGCUGGGAGACUAUGACAAGGUCAAGGCUGUGUCCGAGGGCUCAGACUGUCAGUGCAAGUGUGUAGUGAGACCCCUGGGCCGGGACGCCUGCCAGAGGGUCAACGAGGGGACCUCCAGGAAGGAAGACUUCUACACGGUGGAGACCAUCAUCUCAGGCUCGUCCUGCAAGUGUGCCUGUGUGGCGCCCCCGUCGGCCCUCAAUCCCUGCGAGGGAGACUUCAGGCUGCAGAAGCUGAGGGAGGCAGACAGCCAGGACCUGAAGCUGUCCACCAUCAUAGAUAUGCUGGAAGGAGCUUUCUAUGGCCUGGAUCUGCUGAAGAUGCACUCGGUCACCACCAAACUGGUGGGGCGACUGGAUAAACUGGAGGAGGAAGUUUCCAAAAAUCUCACCAAGGAAAAUGAGCAGAUCAAAGAGGACAUGGAAGAAAUUCGAGCUGAGAUGAACAAGAGAGGCAAAGAGAACUGCUCCACCACCAUCCUGGACGCCAUGCCGGACAUCCGCUCGGCCCUGCAGCGAGGUGCGGCGGCCUACACUCACCCCGAGGAGCAGUAUGAGGAGCGGUUCCUGCAGGAAGAGACCGUGUCCCAGCAGAUCAACUUCGUGGAGCUCCUGCAGGCGCAGCCCCUGGCCCCGCCCCAGGUGGUGCGGCCCCGGCGGCCCCUGCAGAGGCAGGUCCACCUGAGGGGCCGGCCCGCCUCCAAGCCCACCGUCAUCCGGGGCAUCACCUACUACAAGGCCAAGGGCCCUGAGGAGAACGACAUUGAAGAACAGCAAGAUGAGUUUUUCAGUGGUGACAACGGAGUGGAUUUGCUGAUUGAAGACCAGCUUCUGCGACACACUGACCUGCUGCCCAGGGCCACCCGGAGGCCAGUAGCCACCAGUCACGGUGCUGCUGUGACGAGGGACGAGAGCACCCCACCCCAAGCCCUGUCCUCUACACGGCCCCAGGCCUCGACCUCAGCACCCAGCGUCCCUGACCCCACCCUCUCUGCCUCGGCUGAACAAUUCUCAACGCCGGUCCAAACCUCCUCAGUGUCUCCAGAUCCCACAGGGGAGGCCGUCCUCAAACCUUCUGCCGAACCAGCCACCACCGUGGCCCACACGUCCACCCAGCAACCUCUGGCCUCAGCUUCUCCGUCAGUGGCUCCUGGGGACGCAUUUAUGGAGGCUACACACACGGCCCAGGUGCCUCCCACCACAGUGCGGACAGACUCGCUGGGGAGAGGUGCGACUGCUGGGCAGGGUGCAGCCCUCACCAGCCCCUCCCGCCCCACCCUGAGCCCCGAAGAGGAAGAUGACAUCCGGAACGUCAUAGGAAGGUGCAAAGACACCCUCUCCACGAUCACGGGGCCGACCACACAGAACACUUACGGGCGGAACGAGGGGGCCUGGAUGAAGGACCCGCUGGCCAAGGACGAGCGGAUUUAUGUGACCAAUUAUUACUAUGGCAACACCCUGGUGGAGUUCCGGAACCUGGAGAACUUCAAACAAGGUCGCUGGAGCAAUUCCUACAAGCUGCCGUACAGCUGGAUCGGCACGGGCCACGUGGUGUACAGCGGCGCCUUCUACUACAACCGUGCCUUCACCCGCAACAUCAUCAAGUACGACUUGAAGCAGCGCUACGUGGCCGCCUGGGCCAUGCUCCACGACGUGGCCUACGAGGAGGCCACACCCUGGCGGUGGCAGGGCCACUCGGAUGUGGACUUUGCCGUGGAUGAGAACGGUCUGUGGCUCAUCUACCCAGCCCUGGAUGAGGAGGGCUUCAGCCAGGAGGUCAUCGUCCUGAGCAAGCUCAACGCUGUGGACCUGAGCACGCAGAAGGAAACCACGUGGCGCACGGGGCUCCGGCGAAACUUCUACGGCAACUGCUUUGUCAUCUGCGGGGUGCUGUACGCCGUGGACAGCUACAACCAGCGCAACGCCAACAUCUCCUAUGCCUUCGACACCCACACCAACACGCAGAUCAUCCCCAGGCUGCUGUUUGAGAACGAGUAUUCCUACACCACCCAGAUAGACUACAACCCCAAGGACCGCCUGCUCUACGCCUGGGACAAUGGCCACCAGGUCACCUACCACGUCAUCUUUGCCUACUGACACCCCUGUCCUCGCACACAGAAGGAGGGGGGCUACUGGCACCUGUGUGUGUGUGAGUGUGUGUGUGUAGAUGGGUACGUGUUGUUUAAAAAUAUAUAUAUUAUUUUGUAUAAUAUUGCAAAUGUAAAAUGACAAUUUGGGUCUAUUUUUUUUUUUAUGUGGAUUGUAGAUCAAUCCAUACAUGUAUGUGCUGGUCUCACCCUCCACAGUUUCUAUUUUUGUGCAAAUGAACUUCUGACCAGGAACCACCUUCCUUCAAACCCUCAACUCCUCCAGCUCCCAGAUCACGACGGUCGAAAAGGUUUCUUCAUCUGGGUCUCGCAGGCAGAUGGUCCCAGGAGGAGGAGGGAAGGAGGCCAGGAAGAAGUGCUAAGGGGCAGGAAAGAAACGGUACUGGAGAAGUUUAAAAAACACAGAAAAAUGCUUUUUUUUUUUUUAAAUAAAGAAGAAAUUCAAAAUC